AUGAAUACGAAUAAUAAACAAAAUUUAAAAUUACUUUCAACAGUUUCACAAAUGAAAAAUUCUAAAAUAAAUAAUGCAAGACUAGAUGGUUAUUUUCAAGAACGUGAAGUAUAUGAAAAACUUUGUCGACAGAAUGGAACACAAUUAAUGGCUAUUUCCAUGGUACUUGUGACACGAAAUACACAACAUUCACCAAAUCGUUUGAAACUUUCAGAGCUUGUUGGUUGGUUGAGAAAUGAAGAUACAUCAGUCAUUUCUCGUUUAUCUCGAUUAAUUGAAGGUGUAACAAACAUGAGAAAUCGUAUUGCUACAUGGUUAACUUAUUUGAGUGAUGUUGAACAAGGUAAUGCAACCGUUUUUCCUGUAGUUGACGAUCAUUUAAAAUAA